AUCCUGCACGUUUUUAGGCUUUAAUCAGAUAUAAAUACAUAUCUCCUUUAUAAAUUGAUAUAAACAGCACCAAAUGGUUGACAAAAAUUCAGCACAACGCAAGUGAAGUGAAUGUGCGGUGUGGAAACUUGCUUCACACGCUGAGCGCGUGCACCACUGAGAAGCGCUGACGGUUGAAAAAGGUAACGUUAGCUCAACCUGUAGCUAGGGAGCUAGCGUUAAAGUUAGCUCAUCUGCCAUUAAAACUGUUUUUUAUCAACAGACUGCGGCGUGAUGAGAUAUUUAUCGAUAUUGUGGAUUAAUUCGGGAUAAAAACGAAUCAGCCGACUGGUGUGCAGUCAUUAUCUCAGGACUCACAAGAAAUACCAACUUAUUCGUAAGUAUGAUUUCUGCCGAUUUUGAAGUUCAGGUUGAGAUCCAGUUCACCUCAAACUCACCGUCGUCUGCGGGCCUGCAGGAGGACAUGAGCGGCGAGAGGAAGCCGGACUGCCCGGAGAGUCUUCAGAGCUCCGGUCAAGGAGAGGUGGAGGACCCACUGUCGCUGUUGGCUGCCGUCGCUCUGGCGCCACCCGGCGGUGAUCCUGCGGCCUGCAGCUGUCACUGUGAAGCCUGCAGCUGUGUGGAGGUCAGAUGGAUGGAGAGGAGCAUCCAGUCUGUGGAGGUGCAGCUCCAGUUCCUCAUGAGCAAAGCAGACGACUUACACGACUGUCUUGUCAAUGGACAGGGUAAUUUAGACAGAGAGGCUCUUGCUGCUGCAGUGCCAAGUUUCCUGUUCACCUGUCAGCCUUUCUUUAACCACCUGGAAUCCCAGCUGCAUGGCCAUCUGCCUUUGGACAUCUACACAGGGCGCGUGCAGCUGUUGGACUUCUCACAGCAGCUGUGUGACCGGUUGGAACAACUGGUGUUGACCUACGCCAGCUACAAUCUCCUCUGUUUGGACGACACCAAGCCUAACAGUGUGUCCCACUUCUGCAUCGGUCAGAGUCAGCUCGGCCCGAUGAGGGUGACAGCGUUCCGCUACUUUAAGCCCACACCGUACCUGCCCAGGGUCGACACGGGCCUGUAUAAGCGCAUGCGCUGGAACAUAGAGAGACUCAGAGACGAGCAGCAGACAGACAAAGAGAAUGAGGAAGACACAGUCGGCGACACAGAGUAUUUCUUCCUGUGCUACGAGGAUAUUCCCAACCCCCACGCAGAGGCUGAUGACGAGAGCCAUGUGGUGAGGAUGUGGUCCAUCGGUCAGUGGGUGCAGUUGACCCCAGACACAGACGACAUCUAUGAAUGGAUUAUGUGCGAGGUUCCUGAGGCCAAGUAUCACAGGCUGCUGUUUCUGGGCAGCGAUGAGCCGUCCAGCUGCUGCGCUACAGACUACGUGCAGCAGCUGCUGCAGACAGCAGAGUGAUGAUAUUAGCACACAUAUGACACCCAUCUCUGGGGUACUUGGUUGGUAGAAGGACAGAAACUGGACCAAUUUAGAUAUCACAGGAGGGUGCAGAUAAAUCCUCAGGAUAGUUAUUGAGCAAAUGUGUGUUGCUGAGUUUACUGUGAGAUUCUAUGGUUGAAUAUCUGCUUUUUUUUAUGUGUCUGGAUGUCUGAGUAGAAGCAUCUGAGCCGAACUCUAUGGAAGCCAUGAUAGGCAAGUGAAAACAAUUUUAAAUUGUAUUUUAUUUUCUUUCUUGUAUUUAUGAUCUAAGAACAGGUUUAAAAGUUUUAGCAGGAUAUUCUAUUUAUCAUUAUUAUUUUGUCAGAACAUUUUUUUGUUGCAAUACCAAUUUUAGCCACAAGAGGCUUAGGUGCACUGCUCCCCCAUGUUGAAAAUAGGGCUGUAAACAUUCUUGUUUUCUUCCAGGUGAGUUUUAUUUUCUCAAAUGACAGAAAUGUUACAUAUUUUACUUACUCAACGUGUAUAUCUUGUGUUAGGGUGCAUGGAGAAAUCAAAAUUCAUCUGGAAAAAACAUGUAUACUUGAACUUAGAACAUGAGGAAGUGGUGGCGUACUUUAGCCUCUAGUGGCCAAAUUGAGCAUUACAAUGACAAACACUGAUCCUGACAAAAAAAUCCACCUGCUUCACAACUGAAAAAGGAACUAAUGACCUUUCCCCCCACAUUUGUUCUUAAGUAAUGAACACAAGAGAGAAAACAGUUUACCUCAGACUUGGAAAAUUGAUCACUGGAUUUUUUUUUUGUCUCUCAGGGCUUCUGUAGCAAUCACAAACAGAUCACAUGACUGUUAAACGUGAGUUUCAAUCAGUGACUCGAUGCUUUUAGGGCCUGCUGGGUUUUCUACAUUUAAAGUCAAAGAGGCUUCUGUUUCUUAUAACACACUAGGAUCAGUGUGCAAGUUUUACAGUCAAGUUAUGUAAAAGUUUUAUACUGUAAUGUGUGUUUUUCUGACAUUUCCUGCACUCUAUUUUGUCACUUUUUUUUGUUCAGGUUGUUCAUGUUGUAUUUAGAUUUUAUAAGAAAUUGUAAAUAUUUUAAUUUUUUAUUGUUUUUGUUUUACAGUUGAAACAUUUUUAAGCUCUUUGUUGUGUUUCAAAGAAAGAGUUAAGAAGAGUUAUUAAAAAAAACAUUUUAUUUA